AUGUGCCAGUAUGAACAAUAUCUUCGAUAUGCUAAUAACCUCGAGAACGAUAUCCGGAUAUCGUCACUGUGCGACAUCGUUUUCAACAGUGACUCGACAAAAACCGGCGUAGUCACGUCGCCAGGAUAUCCGAAUCCUUAUCCACCGAGGACGCAUUGUACAUACGACUUCCAGGGACGAGGAAAAGAACGAAUCCAAGUGGUAUUCCAGGAUUUGAAUUUGUAUCAUACGUCGAACACAGCGAACGAAUGCGAUGGCGUGGAUUCGUUAGUGGCGUACGUGCACAUAGACAGAAAGAAGGAGAAGAUAGAUGCAUUUUGCGGUGAAAAGCCAGCGCGGCCUAUCAUGAGUAACGGACCACGGCUUUCUUUGGAAUUUAAUGGCAUCACAUCGUCCCGCCAAUCCCGAGGCUUCAAAGCUGUGUACUCCUUCACUGAAAAUUUCGGGAUAACGACAGGCCGGCAGGAGGCGCAAUAUCCCUGUGCCUUUGUUUACAACAGCAACGAGACACGAAACGGCACGUUCGCCUCGCCGAAUUACCCGGGCCUGUAUCCCCGCGACACCGAGUGCCAUUACUUCUUCAAUGGCCACCCAAACGAGCGGGUCCAUCUUCACUUCCACUUCUUCGACGUCGAGGGUGUGACACCCUGCGAGGCGAUAUCUGCGAGCGACUUCGUCGAAUUUUCGAAUUACAUGUCCAGGGACCGGAAGUACUCGAGGCACUGCGGCCAACAAAAGGAAUUCGACGUGGAGAGCGACAGAAAGUUCUUUCGCGUAACUUUUAAGAGCAACGACAGAUACGAUGCAACAGGAUUUAACGCAAGCUAUGUGUUCGUGGACGAGGAAGGAAAUUAUACAACAAAGCCACCGAUGAGUAACGCAUCAGCGAUAAAAGGUGCAACGAUGGUGCUGGUGAUGCUGUUCGUGAGCCCACUUCUCUUUGGCCGAGUUCGCUUUAAUCACGAUCAGUAACUUGGACGGAGGGGGGGAAGGAGGAGGAGCAGGGGGGGUCUUGGCUCAAUUUACAACGAACUAUAACUUCGAAGACAGGAGCCAUCCAAAAUCCUCCAUUAUUCGUCGUACCAAGGAAAGUGGCUGCAUCGUUUGCAUCAGUGAAAUUGCCAAAGGGGACACACACCGGAGCCCGAUCUCCCUCUGAAGAUAUAUACAUGGACGCACCAGGACAUCGUUGACUCGUUUAUAUUAGACCUAACGUCACCACGCGCUGACUCGCCCGUUCAUUCUCCAUCGUUUUACUUACGCACUGGCUAUCCACGGAGAAAAAGUAUUGGCAAUAAAUCGAUACUCGGUGUAUCAUUCGCGAUGCGAGGUAACCGUGAAGUUUUCGAAAGAGUGUCUAAUAGGGAUGUCUUGACUAGUGAUACGCGGUUGUUAUUUAUCAUUCCUCGGACAGUGUUCGAAAACACUGGAAGAUUCUAGAUUCCGAAUCGAUCUUAGUUGUUGCAAAGUAUAUAAUAGAUAUAUAUAUAUAUAUAUAUAUAAUGUAAUUUAUUUUUGACACGAAAACAGGAAUCUAUAAAUCAUUCGUUUCCUCUGCUUAAUCAAUCUAUUUUUUUUUUUUCCCUUUUAUUAAUAUUACGUGGAUGAUAUUACAGGAUUCUUUUUUGAAAACUUAAAAGCCAUGAUGUUCAACGAAGAUUCGUUAGGUCUUUACGUCUCUUUGGAACAGAGAGAGAAGGCCGGUAUUAUCUAGCAACACGCCGCGUACACUCGUUGAAAAUUUCAUAACGUUUUAUAUUUACGAACACGAGAUCGUUCCCUGUUAGUAUACUUAACGAACGCGUACGAAGAGAGGAUAUUACGAGAGUUGUAUAAGUAAUGGUAUAAAUCUAUAAUUUGUUGUAGCAUGACGUACCCAGAAGUGCUGAAUUGUUAAUGUUUUUCUCCUCGUACGGAAACGAAUUUAUUAAAUCGCUAUGAACUAUCUGUCCGAAGAAUUUAUUCGAAAGUCAUAUACGUAUAGUGAGAAAAAAAACCGAGGAAACACGAAAAUUCGCCUUCCUAAGUACACUACGAGCAUAUUUAUUAUUACAUCCUCUAUAUGACUGUGAUGUUUCCAUUCCUUCUUAGUUCAUUAGAAACCGCGAAUACAAGUCUGAUUAUUAACGCGAACAAAACUGGUGGAGGGGUUCGUAACGCGAACAAUAAUCGAAUCGAAUGGUUACGAAUCGCCGCUCGAACUAAGUCAUACUGAUAAAGAAAAAAAUGGUUAAUUACGAUUAACAUUCUUGCUAACGUCGGUGUUUCGAUAUCGUUGAAGAAUCAAUGUGAAAGGGGGAGUUAUCGACACGAAUCUCGCGUUGGAACGGAUUUAACAAUUUAACGCACGUGUUGGAACAUUGAGAAACUGGAGAUGACUAUUGAAUCGAGAAAUUGAACAGUCAGACAUCGUCUGAAGGAAGAGCAAUAAAUUUAAUCGUCGAUCGAGAGACGAUUACCGAGACUAUGCUGGUGUUAGUUCACGAAAUAGUUUGAAAUAAUUUUCUGAAAGUGGUAUAGAAAGAUGAUUCUAUUUGUUAUGGAUUACAUACGAGCCGUACAUUGAAUUCGAUUUUGUAGCAACGUCGAUGAUUUGAUAAACCGCUAACAAUAACGUCGUUUAUUGAAAAGAGAGGACUUGCUUAGUUACGUGAAUGUAUAAAUAGUAAACUAGUAGCAGGUAAUGUGAAUUGAUUGUCAUUUUUAUUUCAGAAUAUAAACUACUUAUCGCGAAUAAUUCGAAUAAUUUUUAAUAGAUUUUAAUAGAUCAUCAUCACGUAAAUAUUAAUCUUCUCCGUUUCUCCAGUUUUUCCCUUAGAUUAGACAAUGUUUUAAGCCAGCAUUUCAACAAUAAUCGAAAGCAAAAACGCGAGCGAAUGGUUGACCAUCUAGACGUGCAAGCAACCGCGGUUUAAUGAAAAGAAAACAAGAGCAAAGGAGCUGCAAGUUCGGAGACGUUGUCAAGAUAAAACGAUACACACAAAACUUCUGUGUUCAAACUUCAUCCACUUAAGGCGCAAUCAAUAAAGAUAAAUGUUUAACGACCAAUGCGAGAGUGACGACGGGGAGAGAAUAGGGAAAUGCAUCGGCACAUCGGCAUGCCGGGGCAUACCGAGGCAGAAAGUCAUUAUCGUCGGAGUUAACGAUAGUUUCGCGAAACUUUAUCGCACAAAGGUUUGCCACUUUAUGCCGGAAAAUUAUUUCGAACUAUAAGCCGGCCAAACUGUAAACUGUAAGCCAGGCCACUUUCUCGAGCUUAAUCGCCAUAAGCGUAACCAGCAGCAAAAGUGGAAUAUGGUUUUUACCAAUCGUUGCGACCGGCAAUCGGGGAUACGCUGGUCAACUGGUAACGAACAAAUUGAACUAGCGAACAGAAGAGGAGUACCUACGAUUGGUCGUUGAUGUUCAAAAGUUGAAGCGCCAUGAAUACAUACGAGAGAAGACAAAACUAUUGAACUCAAUGUCAAGCGUGAUGUAUCCAAAGGACACAUAAGGAUAGGUAGCAAUACUGUCAUUGUGUAUGUUAGACUACUGUGGAUAUUUUUUAAUAGGUUUAUAAUGCGUUGACUACUUCUCCCAAGUUUCUAGUUGAUUUGUAAGAAAGAAAGAGAUUAAAAAAAAAAGAGAGAGAAAGAGAGAAGAGAGAGGAGAGAGAGGAGUAUGACUGUGUAUUACGAUUUGAACGUCUCUGGUGCGCGUGAGAAAGUAAAAGAUAAAGGACUGUACAAUGUAUAUGAGCAGUUGUCACUUCGGUUUAUUGUUAUUUAUAUGUUGUCUAUGAAGAGAUGAAUACGGCAGAAAAACACUAUUAGGAAGUUGUACACCCGAAUUGGCACUAUGAAAUGCUUCUAUGUACCUAUCACGUUGUAAAUACUGUUAUAUUUAAUCCGUUCGAGUUGCUGUCACAACCAAUAAUGUAUUGUCAAGCUGUUUUAUUCCGUACCGGUAAGUUCCAGCAGCACGUGGCGGAGUUUAAAUGAAAAACGACAAGUCGUAGUAGCGUCGAGGGCCGAAACCCUGAAGUCUACUAAUCCUUUCUGUUCCGUUGCGCACGCUCUAUCUAAACUAAAGUCUCCGUUGAUUUAGGCAGCGUUGAUAAACAGGCGAGUGUUUCGUUCGUUUCGCGUUGCGACCAAAGCCUUGAUUGAAAAUCGAGACACGCUUGUCGUUUGUAUUUUGUAUUUUUAGGGGGCUACGUAUUAAACAAGCAGAGAAUUUGUAAACGCGUACGCGCUUCUAAACACGUAGGCGAGAUUAUACUUUUCCGCGUCGUUCUAUCAUUAUAUCGAGUUGAUUUGCCACCAAUAAAAAGGAAAAAAGGAAAAAUAAAAAAAAAAAACAUGCCUAGUUGAGUUUGCGAAGAUUAGUGCACUUGUAUGCAGUUAAGGGAGGAUCUAUGUGUACAAGGACGAUUUAACUAGUUGAAUAGUUAUUAAAAAAAAAAAAGAAAAAAAAAACUUCAAUCUCUUGCGAUUUACGACUCAACGAGCGCUCCGUAAUUAGGCAGGAAGUUCAGGAGCGGCCUAGCAGCAAGUUCCUGAGUCCAAAGAAACAAAAGAGAAAUAAAAAAAAAAAAAUAAACUUUUAUCCUUACACGCCGCAUAUUACUGGGACCUGCGAGUUAUCAAAGUUGCGCCUGGGGCGCUCCAAACUUUGUCCUGCGGUUAAAACUGUUCAAAAGCAUCGUAGUCAUGCUCCGGACAAAGCGCGAUCAUUGAUCGGAGCAUCGACUAUGGUAUCCGCUAGUGGCGGAUGUAUUUUCUUAUUCUGUUUUGAGGCUCUUGCCGGAACAUCUCACGCAUAAGUUACUGAACUGUAAUGCAAUCAUCGUUACUGUCCUAAUAAAACCUUAACAUAUGACUCUGUA